UGUUCAAUACGCGUUACUAUUACGUAAUGAAACUAUCUUGCUCGAUGGCUGGCUUAUGGCCAUUUCAAUCGCAGUUUAAGAACAGAAUUCUUCAGUCGUUUCAUCUGUUCAUAUUGUUCUCAUUUUUUCCACCACAGCUGAGAAGAUUGUAUGAUAUAUAUGGUAAGGAUAUAGACGGUGUAAUCAUGUGUAUAUCACCACUCUUUACCAUUGUAUUGAUGCUAAUCAAAGUCGGGAUUAUUAUUCGAUUCCAAUCAAAGAUCAAAUCGUUGUUAUGUCAGAUUGAAACGGAGUGGGAAAGAACUUCGAGAAGUGAAGAGAAUAAGGUUGUAACAACUUACGCGUCGAAAACGAGAGAAUUUUGCAUGAUAUACGCAGUAAUUAUGAGUAAUGUACUUAUAUGCUUCAUCAUAUCGCCGACGAUCUUGCCAAUAUUGGAUAUUAUUUUACCCAAAAACGAAACGCGCAUGAGAUAUUUAGCCUUCGAAUUGAAUUACGGAAUUGACCUACAGACUUAUUGGUUCUGGCUAUGGUUGCACACUAGUUUAGCUGGAGUAGUUGUUAUAAUAAAUGUUAUUGCCACAGAUACAACGUAUAUUACGUUGAUAUUGCAUUGCUGCUACAUGUUUGCCAUUGUAAGAUAUAGAUUGGAACAGUUGGACGAUUCAGUAAAACAAGAUACAAUACAACCUUUCGAGAAUUGUGAUUAUAACACGGUGGACACCUGGAAAUAUAAAGAGCAGCAAGGGAAAUUACAAGAGCAAGCUACUGCCAUAAAACAAUGUGUUCUUAGACAUAAAAAAGCAAUAGAAUGCGCGCAAAUAUUAUACCACAUUUUCGCGUGGAGUCUCUUCGCUGGUGCAUCAAUAAACGUAAUCAUGAUAAGUAUUUCGGCAGUUCAGUUAGUGAGCAAGUUGUCUCAAUGGGCUCAGAUGACGAUGGCUUGCACGUACAUAAGUAGCGAAUUGGUACACAUAUUCUUUCUCAAUUUAAUGGCGCAAUAUAUAUUGGAUCACAGUGCGGACGUUCACGAAUCGGCGUGAGUGAAUGAAUACGUGCUUGUCGACCGUAGAUGCUGCGUUUAUAUGUGUAUGGAAUGUUUUAAAAACGACAGUUUUGUAGGUAUUCAUGCUCUUGGUACAAAAUGUCUGUUAAGGUACAAAAGGACAUUAUACUGAUGUUAAUGAGGAGCCGUAUACCAUGCAAAAUGAUGGCUGGAAACUUUUUUAUCAUGUCACUGGAAAGCUUUUCUACGAUAGUGCAGACAUCGAUGUCGUACUUCACGGUGUUAGCCUCUUUUCGAUAAAUAUCUGCAUAUACUUUCUGCUGAUAC